CUGUGCUCCUAAAGAACUGUCUUCAGAAAAGCUGGCCAACCAGGGAUCUAGAAGCAGCAUCACCUCAAGUCUCAAGCAAUGGGCAGUGAACUGCUCACAGCAACGCUUGCGGCACCGGUGGAGCCUCCGUUGAUCCCAUCCACGACCACUACCACCACUACCACCGGCAACGGAACCACCACCAGAACCAUCACAACAAUCACCACCACCACAUGCUCCUCCUCUGCCGCCGAUGGCACCACUACCACCACCACCACAACCACCACCACCACCACAACAACAACAACCAUCACAACCACCUCCAACGCCACAACCAUAUCAUCCCUCUGUGAUGAUGACCUUCGCGAGAUCUUCCUCCGCCUCCCGAACCUCCCGGCUCUCAUCCGUGCGGCGCUCACCUGCCGCUCCUGGCUCGGAGCCAUCCGCUCUUCCUCAUCCUUCCGCCGCCUGUUCCGCGCCCUCCACCCGGCGCCCCUCAUUGGGCUCUUUCUUGAAAUUGACGAUGCUACCACCCCCUCCUUCGUCCCUCUGCGCCGGUCAGAUCCCGACGUCACCGCUGCCCUCCGCCGCGGGGACUUCUACCUCACUUCCCUGCUCAAGGCUGGCGCAUCCUCGGCUUGGAGUAUCACCGACUGCCGUGAUGGAUACAUCCUCCUAUGGAACAUGCUCGAUAAGCCGUCCGUCGCCGCCGUGAACCCCAUGACCUGGGCUGUGGACAUCAUCCCGUUGCCCGACGGUGUCAAGGCCGGGAGACGCCGCAAUUUUGCCUACCUUGGCUUCCACCUGCUGUGUUCUGAUGAGAACCCCUGGUCGUUCCGUGUGGUCUGCGUCUGCUCGGAUCAGCGAAGGAUCCGCGUCGCCAUCUUCUCGUCGGAGACGUGGGAGUGGGUCGUCCACCCGUGGGUACACACUGGUGGUGACUGCAGCCUAAAGUUUGGUGCUGGAAUGGUGGUGGAUGGUUCUGUUUACUGGCCUUACCAUGGCCAAGGACGAAUGAUAAAGAUCAACGUAGCGACCAUGGUUAUCACCACUGUGGAGCUACCCUUGCAGGUGAUGGUGGAGGGGUACAAUUUCAUGGCCGGGGAGACUAAGGAUGGACAGUUAUGCAUUGUCUAUGAAUCUGGUUUCUUCCUGCAUGUUUGGAUCCGUGGUGUGGACGGUUAUGGACUUGAUAACUGGGUGCUGCAUAACAUGAUACCUUUGAGUGAAGAAAUCGACGAGAUCACUCAGGGGUUCGCUCUGGAGUUGCAGGGUGACCUCAAAGUUGUGCAGGUCAGGUUUGGAUACGUCUACUUGUCCACGACAUGCACGACCCCUGCCGGCACGCUCCACUGCUGGUUCUUCUCCCUGUCAUUGGACACCUUGGUGCUUGAGUUGCUCGUGGAGGGGAAAUUUAAUGGCUGUGCGCAUCCUUAUAACAUGGCCUGGCCUCCUUGUUUGGUUGGUGAUGAUGGGAGCAUAGGGCAUGAAGUUGAAGCUUCUCACUGAAGUCUGCAGUUGUUUGUGAUACGAGGAAAUUGAAUGGAAAUUUGUGGGUAUGAGCUAACAAUUAUUAGUUGAUGCAAAAUAUUCUGUAGCUGGCAUUGAAAACCGGAAGAUGAUUUCCUUGUAUCUUAAGUAAUCGUUAUUGCCAUAGAAACCUUUAGAUGCUUUGCAACUAUUGGUACGGUUCUGGAGCUAAUGACUUGUAUGGACGAUUGGGUUUU